AUGGUUGCAACUGAAAAAACCUCAAAGCCCUGGCACUGCCGCCGUGGCGGCAAGUGGGCGCGCGAGAAGUUCGUGAUGGCGGUGCAGGGAGAGUUCCCGCGAGGGGCAGGCGUUCCCAAGGGGACGAUCCUGUGCCUCGGCAGGGUGCUCGAAGCGCACGAUGAGCAGGACGACGCGGAGGGUGGGCGCCGGGAUUGGGAGGAGGAUGACCUGCUCGGCUCCGAGUCCAACUUGUCGAGUGCGGUCGAAGCCUGCCCCCCUCACCCAGAGGCAAACGCCUUUGCGGCCCUCGUCGACCCCGCCGCAACGCGCGGCGACUCGCCCCCGCGAAAAAUGGUCGCGCCCUUCCUGAUAAAGCUCUUCGAGAUCGUCUCGUCGCCCGCGUCGGACAAUCUGGUGUGCUGGAGCGAGCACGGCGAGUCGUUCAAGAUUGACGUGCUCCCGCUCUACUUCAAGCACGACAACCUUCGCUCCUUCAUCAGACAGCUCAACAUCUACGGCUUUCAGCGCUGCCAAAACUCGUCCGGGCGGGACCGGACGAUGGAGUUCUUUCACCCGAUGUUUACGCGAAACGGGAUGCGCAACUUGAAGGACAUCAAGCGCGGCAACCAGAGCAAAAAGAACGACACGGUGGAGGACGGGGUCGACGAGGAGUUUGAGCACGACCUCAAGCAGCACACGCUGCAGGUGCAGCAGAAGCUCGCCUAUAUCCUCUCGGCCCUCGACGACACGCCCGGCGCCGUGCAGCAGCCACCCGCAGACAGCGAGCAGCGCGGCUCCUCUCCAGAGCUGUCUGCGGGCGCACUGCUGUGACUUGUCGUGUGCCCCCCUUGUGAAGACCUGCAUGUGUCGAGAGUAGAGUAGAGCUGGGGAUGUGUGUCUACGCAUUUAUUGUGUGAAAAUCCGUAGCAAGACC